AUGGAGACGGCGGCCACGACAUUCGCCUCUCUUGCAAUUCUAGGUCUAGCCGGAUAUGCGUAUCAUCGGUACUACAAGUAUCUGAUCCUGGAAAAAAUGGAGAAUGCUUUCAAUCCUGGCGACCCUGCGCUUGAAAUUGCCGGGAUCGAGGAAGGCAAACACCGCUUCAACCAUGAAGAGCAUUGGGUAGUCCGUGACGAGCAAGCCCGCAUCGACAGGAUUGUCUCCGGCCUCGGAGUAGGACGCUAUUACCUGUUGGUCGGGGAGAAAGGGACGGGAAAGACGUCCAUGAUCCUCGAAGCGAUGCGUAAGAUCAACGGCGAGGGUUGCGCAAUGUUCGAGGCGCAUGGCGAUCUGGAGAUCUUCCGGAUCCGUCUGGGUAAAGCACUGGACUAUGAAUUCCAUGAAGACUACAUUGGAAGUUUAUUCAGCAUCAAGGGCCCCCGGGACACAACCGCUCUCCUGGAUAUUGAGCGCGCAUUCAACAAGCUAGAAAAGGUCGCUUUGACUAGACGGCGCACGAAGAAGAGUCCCUUGAUUUUGAUUGUCAAUAGCGCGCACCUGGUUCGCGACGAUCAUGAUGGCCAAGAUCUUCUCGAGGUCAUUCAGCAACGAGCCGAGCAGUGGGCCGCAAGUGGCCUUGUCACGACGAGUAACGAUGACUACUGGGUGUACGAACGCCUCAAGCGCUAUGCGACGCGCAUGGAAGUCAUCCCUGUUAAAGAUCUACCCAAGGAGCCGGCCAUGGAGGCUCUGAAGAGAUACCGUAAGCAGUAUUUCGGUGAAGAGCUAUCGCCUGAAGAUCUGGAGAAGGUGUACGAUGCCGUUGGAGGGCGGCUGUCCUUCUUGAAUCGGGUGGCUAAGGCCCCUGAUUACAAGAAAUUGUGUCAGGAUAUUUGCACGGCUGAGAAGACAUGGUUUCUUAACAAGUGCUGGAUUUUGGGUCCCGAGAUGGAUGAUGAUGUGAUGGACCAGCAAAAAUAUGCGUCCGCCGCGAUGGUGCUGGCCAAGGCACUUGUGGAAGAGGAAAAGAAGAUGAAGCAUUCCUAUCACCCGGAGCUAGGCCACAUCCUCCCAGAGAUCCCCCUCCACGAAGCCCGGCAGAUCAUGACGAGAGCCGAUUUCGUCCAGAGCUAUGAUCAUGAAAACAUCUUCACUAUCGACUCUCGAGCCAUGGUUCGAGCCGACUCGGUUCCGAUGCAGAACGCGUUCCGUGAAAUCUGCAACUGGCCAGGAUUCGAUGAGCACUUGGAGGGCACACUGACGCGUAUUGGAGACAUCGAAAGUCUCGGACGUACGCGCGAAUUGACGAUUAAAGACCUAUGGAAUCAGGGCAAAUACCAGCUGGUUAUGCGGGAUAGCAAGGGUCGUGAGCAAGGCGCGGCGGAGUUUUCCGUGAUUCGAACCAUGUCCCCGCGCAAGAAAGAAGUGCUGUCCUCUGUGACAAUAACCCAAGAGCCCAGCGCCAGUGCGCAGCCCCACCACAAGACGCAGUUGGAGCGAAUUCCACCCCCAGCGCGAUUCCUUCUGGCUGUUGUCAGCAGCCUAGCUCUGAGCUCUGGCCUAUUUACGCUCAUGCCGAUCGUGACCCGGGGCGAGCUCGGCAAUGUGAGCAAGCAUCUUGAGACCUGGUGGGAAGUGGGAGGGUUGAUGGCGUGGAAGGCCGUUGAGGUCGGGCUGGCCUGGAUUCUGGGAUACGACAGCCAUGACGUCUGCUCCUUCACCUUCCUCACCCAUCUUCCGACCUACUCCCUCCUCUCCACCUUCUACGGCGUGCGACCGACCACUAUCCUGGCCUCGUAUGCGAUCACCAUCCUCUCGACGGUCCUCCCCUUCACCCUCCUCCGCCGACCCAACUCUUUCCAUGAUCUCGCCCACGCGAGCCCGGAGACCGUCUCCAACCGCCUCAUCCUGCAAGACCGCGCCACAACCGCCUACACGACCAUGGUCGCGACCGCGAUCUUCACCGUGGCCCUCUACCUCAGCUACGCCACCCCGUGGCUGCCCACCAACCUGGUCCUCCACUUUGAGGGCAUCCCCGACAUUUCCGCCGUGCACGCCGGACCCGCCGGCCUCCCGGCUCUCUUCCUGACUCUCCUCCCCGCCGGCUUUGCGGCGCGCGACUUCCUCUUCGCCAGCUCGACCGGCGCGUCUGCUGCCAGCGACAAGAAGACCGAGAGGACCGAGAAGACCACGAAACCCUCCACCUCCACCCAGGACGGCGAGUACCUCGCGUGCGCCGUCUACCGCAAGACCUGGGGCACCCUCUCCCCCAAGACUCAAGUGCUGGUCUCGCGCACCGUUGUUCUGGCAGGUAUGUUGCUCGCCAACACGGUCAUCCAGGUCGCAGGCACGGUGAACCGCGUGAGCGUAGAGGGCGCCUCGGCCUGGGGGCUGGUGUGGGCCGCUGCUGCGCUGGUGAACGGAUUGAUGUUCGGAUGGAUCGAGUCGGUGGACGGCGUAUGA